AUGGCCAGCCUCGACACCACCACCGCCCCCGCCGCACAGACCGGCACAGCUUCGAAGCGCGCGAGGGGACAGACAGCCAUGGACUUCAAGUCCGCCGCUACCGGCGUCUCGGCGAAAGCGAUGCGCAACGAGCUCAACGCCAUGAUCCAGGGUAUCGACGACCCGGACUUUAAGAAGGCUUUCGAGGCGGAGAUGCAGAGCUUCUUUAUUCUGUUCAACCGCUACCUCGCUGAGCGCGCCAAGGGCCAGAAGAUCGACUGGGACAAGAUCCAACCUCCCUCGCCGGAACAAGUAGUCCCCUACUCUGACCUGCCCGAGUCGACCAACAAAGGCGAAUUGCUCAACAAGCUCGCGGUCCUCAAGCUCAACGGCGGAUUGGGAACGACGAUGGGAUGUGUUGGACCGAAGAGUAUCAUCGAGGUUAGGGAGGGGAUGACGUUCCUUGAUUUGAGUGUCAGGCAGAUUGAGCACCUCAACUCAGCGCACAACGUCAACGUUCCCUUCAUCCUGAUGAACUCGUUCAACACGGACGACGACACGGCUCGCAUCAUCCAGAAGUACGCGAACCACCGGAUCGAGCUCAUGACGUUCAACCAGUCGCGUUACCCGCGCGUCAACAAGGAGACGCUGUUGCCGACGCCCAAGUCGGCGGUUGAGGACAAGGGUGCUUGGUACCCUCCCGGCCACGGCGACCUGUUCGACGCGAUCAUGAACUCUGGCCUGGUCGACAAGCUCCUGGCCUCGGGCAAAGAAUACCUCUUCGUCUCGAACGUCGACAACCUCGGAGCGGUCGUCGACACGCGCAUCCUCGAGCACAUGCACGCGUCAGGCGCCGAGUUCCUCAUGGAGGUGACGGACAAGACCAAGGCCGACGUCAAGGGUGGAACGCUCAUCAACUAUGAGGGGAACGUCAGGCUGUUGGAGAUUGCGCAGGUCCCGAACGAUCAUGUCGAGGACUUCAAGUCGGUUCGCAAGUUCAAGAUCUUCAACACCAACAACUUGUGGAUCAACCUCCGCGCGAUCAAGCGCAUCAUGGAGAACGACGGCAUGGACCUCGAGAUCAUCGUCAACCACAAGCAGAGCGACAAGGGCGAGGCAGUCAUCCAGCUCGAGACCGCCGUCGGAGCCGCCAUCAAGCACUUCAACAACGCACACGGAAUCAACGUCCCCCGCUCGCGUUUCCUGCCCGUCAAGUCGUGCUCCGACUUGCUCCUCAUCACCUCGGACUUGUACCAGCUCGAGCACGGUCAGCUCCGGAUGAACCCGAGCAGGAUGUUCCAGUCUACGCCGGUUGUCAAGCUCGGUGACCACUUCAAGAAGGUCUCGGCGUUCCAGAAGCGCUUCAAGACUAUCCCUUCGCUUCUCGAGCUCGACCACCUUACCGUCGCUGGAGACGUCAGCUUCGGCCGGGCGGUCACUCUCCGUGGCACGGUCAUCAUCGUCGCCAACGACGGCCAGCGGAUCGAGUUGCCCGACGGCACCACGCUCGAGAACAAGCUGGUCUCGGGCCACCUCAAGCUCACCGACCGUGCGUUCCCGUGCGCUCUUCUCGCUCUGUGCACUCGCUGA